UGGAACUUGUUUAACUUAAUGUUAUUCAAUGUUUAGUUCAUUUACUGAGGCCACCUAGUGGCAAAUGUUAUAAUUGUGUGUAUUGCUAGUUCACAAACGCCAUCUUGUGGUCACUUUUAUUACUACAACUUGUUUACCAGAAAGGAAGAAAGCCUGUUCAUCCAUUUGCUCUGAAAGAAGCAGUUUUUGUUAUGUUUUCUUUAAUCUAAGUGCAAAACGGCAUCGUCUUUUUACACGAUUCUCAUUAAACCCUGCUAAAGAACCUAAUGCAGUGCUUCUUGGUGGACGAAUGGGAAAGUGUUUAGCUACCUGUAUAGCUGAGUUACUGCUGAAGGCCACAGUGCUUAGCGAGGCCAGGACAGUAAAAAGACGUCCCAUGCAGAAGAGACAAAGAAAAAGACAACGUCUGAGCCAUGGACAACAAAGGUAAUGAACAGAAGGCAAGUGAUGUGCUAUCAAAUAAGGACAUGGAUAUAGAUACAGUGUACCACGUCCGUUCUGUAGCCUCACGGUCAUCUACAUGCUCCUCUGUCAGUUUGGCUGCAGCUAAAGCAAGAGCUAAGGCUGAAGCAGCUAAAGCUAAACUGGAGUUUCAUGAAAAAGAGACACAUAUUCAGAUUGAGAAGGCAAAACUUGAAGCAUCACUGCGUGCACUCACUCUCCAAAGGGAACUUACAGCUGCUAAUGCUGAAGCAAAAGUAUUUGAGGCAGUAGCAGCAGACAUAGAGGAAGGAAAAUACAGCGAGACAUCUGAGCGCAGUCCUGUAGCCAAACAAACACUGAAAAGGACAGAAGACUAUGUAAAAGAGCAGUCAUCUUACUUCAGUCAGUACAACUACAAGGAUCAGGGGGCUCACUCACACCCACCUAACACUAUACCCAAUGCUGUUAACAUGCAACAAUAUACAGUACCUGUGCCUGCUGCUGUAACCACGCAACAAUAUGCAGCCUCAGAUGAAUUUAAGUCUCUUCCCAUUCAUCAGCCAGACAUGACAGGAGGACACAUUAAACAAUCCCCCAACUUCAACUCUUACCACAGAGGUGACUCAAUGCACAAUGUUAAUGUGAAAACUGAUGUUCCUACCUUUAACGUAAAUUCAGGAAAUCCCACAUUUGAUCUGGCAAGGUUUUUAGCACGCAGCCAAGUCAUAACAUCUGGUCUGGUCAAAUUUGAUGAUACUGCAGAACAUUAUCAAGCAUGGCGAGCUUCAUUCAUCAGUGCUAUAGAACCACUAGGGCUGACACCUAGUGAAGAAGUUGAUCUGAUGGUGAAGUGGCUUGGCAAGGAGUCAAGUGAGCAUGCGGCCAGAAUAAGAGCAGUUAAUAUUAACCAGCCUAUGGAUGGACUAAAAUCAAUAUGGGCAAGACUGGACAAAAUAUAUGGCUCACCAGAGGCGAUUGAAAAUGCUCUUUUCUCAAGACUUGAAGCUUUUCCCAAAAUCCAUUCUAGAGAUAAUCGCAAACUUCAAGAGCUAGCAGAUCUUCUACAAGAGCUCCAAAUUGCAAAGCAAAGUGACAAGUUGUGUGGUUUAACCUAUUUGGACACGGCUAGAGGUGUCCAGCCAAUUGUAGAGAAGCUCCCCUACCCUCUACAGGAACGCUGGAUGUCACAAGGUUCUAGAUUUAAAAGAGAAUACAACGUGUCUUUUCCACCAUUCUCCUUCUUCAAAGAAUUUGUGUGCUCAGAAGCUGAAGUAAGGAAUGAUCCAAGUUUUAAGACUCUCUCACUCACGUGUGCUCCUCAGAGAAAGGAAAAAUGUGCACCAGUCAGAUACCCAGUUGCUGUCAAUAAAACAAAUGUCACACAAGAUCAUAUAAGCACUCCUGUCAAAUUAACAGAGAAAAUCCCUGUUAACCCAGAAAAACAAUGCCCUAUCCAUAAUAAACCACACCCAUUGAGUAAGUGCAGAGGAUUUGUGAAAAUGACUCUUGAUGAACGCAAAAAACUUCUCAAAGAACACAUGAUCUGCUAUCGCUGCUGUGCUUCUACAAGUCAUAUGGCAAAAAACUGUCAAGCUCCAAUCAAAUGUUUGGAAUGUGCAAGUGACAAACAUGUUAGUGCCAUGCAUUUCAGUGGAACAAGCGCUGUUCAGUCCUUAAGUCAGCCCCCACCGUGUGCAGAGGACGGCGGGGAGGAAGAGACGAGACAGGAAAUAAGCUCGAACUGCACUAAAGUCUGUGGUAUAGGACAAAGUAAUAAAUCAUGUUCCAAGAUUAUUCUGGUUAACGUGUAUCCCUCAGGUCAGCAGCAUAGGAGUAUGAGGAUGUAUGCAGUUCUGGAUGACCAGAGUAAUCUCUCCCUGGCCAGAAGUGAGUUUUUUGACAAGUUUGACAUACACGGCACUGAGGCUCCUUACAGCAUCACAACGUGUAUGGGCGCAACACAAGCAUAUGGAAGAAGAGCCCAUGGUUAUGUCAUAGAGUCUCUAGACAAAGAAACAUGUCUGCAGCUUCCCACAUUGAUUGAAUGUGACAAUCUCCCUAACAACAGGAAAGAAAUCCCGACACCGGAAGUGGCCCAUCACCACGACCACCUAAACAAAAUAGCCUCAGAAAUCCCUCCUCUCGACCCCAAUGCUGAGAUUCUCCUGCUGAUAGGAAGAGACCUGUUGAGAGUGCACAAAGUACGAAAACAGAUAAACGGACUGAAUAAUGAACCAUUUGCACAGAAACUAGAUCUCGGCUGGGUGGUAGUCGGUGAUGUCUGUGUCAAUGGAAUGCAUGGGCCUCCAACAGUGAGCAGCAUGAAGACAUACAUAUCUGACAGUGGCAGACCUUCUACAUUUUCAGAAUGUGAGAACAAAAUCAAAGUAAGAGACUUGUACACAGAAACAUCAGACACACUUUCAGUGUUUUCAAGAACAAUUCAUGAUCACCAGUUAGCUCCCUCUAUUGAAGACAAACGCUUCUUGAAAAUAAUGGAAAAAGGCUUUCUCCAAGAUGAUUCAAAUAGCUGGGUUGCCCCUCUCCCAUUCCGGCACCCUCGUCGCAAGCUACCUAAUAACAGAGAAUAUGCGGAGAAACGUUUUGCCUCUCUGGAACGCAAUCUUCAGAAAAAACCUGAAAUGAAAAGGCACUUUUUUGAGUUUAUGCAAAGGCUGUUUAACAAUCAUCACGCUGAGCUUGCCCCACCACUUGAAAAAGAAAAGGAAAGGUGGUACUUACCCAUUUUUGGAGUUUAUCAUCCUCAAAAGCCCAACCAAAUACGUGUCGUAUUUGAUUCAUCUGCACAGUUUGACGGCGUCUCACUGAAUGAUGUUUUGCUGCAGGGUCCAGACCUAAAUAACAGUCUACUUGGAGUUCUGAUGAGAUUCAGAAUGGGUCCAAUCGGAGUUUUAGCAGAUAUAGAGCAGAUGUUCCACUGCUUUGUUGUUCAAGAAGAGUGCAGAGACAUGCUCAGGUUUUUGUGGUACCGCGACAAUCAGCCAGGAAACGAAGUGGUUGAGUACCGAAUGAGAGUUCACAUAUUUGGGAACAGUCCAUCACCUGCAAUUGCCAUUUAUGGCCUACGGAGGGCAGCAAAGGAAAUGGAGCAAGUCUAUGGCAGCAAAACAACAGAGUUAGUGGAGAAACAUUUUUACAUGGAUGACGCACUGCUGUCUUUCACAUUAGAAGCUGAGGCCAUAAAGACAGUAGAGCAGCUUCAAGAAAUGUUAUCCGUUUCCAACCUGCGACUACACAAGGUAGCAUCAAACAGUGUCAAAGUUAUCAACCACUUCCCAGCUGAAGACAGAGCCAAGGAUAUAAAAGAUCUGGACCUGUUCACAGAUGAUCUCCCCAUACAGCGCAGCCUGGGGGUUAUCUGGAACCUCAUGACAGACACUUUUACAUUCAAGGUUCCAGAGAACCAGAAACCAUUCACCAGGCGCGGUGUGCUGUCUACGGUAAAUAGCCUAUUCGACCCAUUGGGCUUUCUAGCACCUAUCACAAUCAGAGGAAGAAUGAUUCUCAGAGACAUUACUAAAGAGGAUAUUACGUGGGAUGCUCCUCUGCCUCAAAGUAAAUACGAAGAGUGGAGACGCUGGCAAGAGUCCCUCUCAGUUUUGAAAAACCUUCAUAUUCCAAGAACAUACGUCACAUUUCCAGUGAGUCAAGCCAAGACAAUUGAGCUUUGUGUUUUUUCUGAUGCGUCAGUACAGGCUAUCUCAGCUGUCGCAUAUUUGAGAAUCACCCAUGAUGACGGCCAUCAUGAAGUGGGGUUCAUUUUUGGCAAAUCAAAACUCGCCCCCCAGCCUGAGCUAACAGUCCCAAGAUUAGAGCUUUGUGCAGCUGUCCUAGCUGUAGAAGUUGCGGAAACUAUUAUGCAUGAGGUAGAUGUAAAACUGGAUGCUGUCAGGUACUUCUCAGAUAGCAAGGUAGUUUUAGGCUACAUUCACAAUGAGAGAAGAAGGUUUUACGUCUUUGUCAGUAACAGAGUGCAGCGCAUCAGACAAGUGUCUCAGCCUAAUCAGUGGAGAUUUGUGCCCACCGAACUCAAUCCAGCGGAUUGUGGCUCGAGAUCAGUCGCAGCAGAAGAGCUUGUCAACACCCUCUGGUUAACUGGACCAAGAUUCCUCACAGACAUGGACUCGACAAAGAUUGAUUCAGACGAACAAUACUUGCUAAUCAAUCCAGAUGAUGACACAGAGGUCAGGGUGAACGCCACCAAUGUGGUAACAGAGUCUUCAACUCACAAACGAUUUUCAAGUCGCUUUGAACAUUUUUCCAACUGGAAAUGUCUCUUGAAAUCGGUUGCCAGACUCACUCACAUCGCUCAAAGCUUCUCAAGCAAAAACAGUGACAGCUGUCGAGGUUGGCAUUACUGCAACAACAUCUCAUCUUCAGAAAUGGAUAAAGCGGAGCGACUGAUCAUUCACACAGUGCAACAAGAGUGCUUCUCACAGGAAAUCUCUGCAAUCAAAAAAGACCAAAGUCUACCAAAGAACAGCUCUAUUCUCAGACUCAAUCCAUUCAUCGAUAAUGAGGGGCUCCUGAGAGUUGGAGGACGUUUGCAGCAUUCUAUGUUACAAAGAAACGAGGCAAACCCAGUCAUAAUACCCAACAAACACCACAUUGCAACUCUGCUAGUGCGUCAUCAUCACGACAGAGUGAAACACCAGGGAAGGCAUCUAACAGAAGGAGCCAUUCGCACCAGUGGACUGUGGUUGGUUGGAGGUAAGCGACUCAUAAGCACCAUCAUUCACAAGUGUGUGUUUUGCAGAAAGCUACGUGGACUGUCAGAACAACAGCUCAUGUCUGAUCUACCUGAAGAAAGGCUCAAAGCGGACCCACCAUUCUCAUAUGUGGGCCUGGAUGUUUUUGGCCCAUGGGAGAUUGUGACAAAACGCACAAGAGGAGGUCAAGUGAACAACAAGAGGUGGGCAGUGUUGUUCACAUGCAUGUCUACCAGGGCCAUCCACAUUGAGGUUGUGGAAACAAUGACUGCCUCAAGCUUCAUCAAUGCUCUCCGGAGAUUAUUUUCACUCCGUGGACCAGCCAAGCAACUCAGGUCCGACAGAGGGACCAACUUUAUUGGCGCCUGUAAUGAGCUGAAACUAUCACCACAGGAUGCCAAUAACACAAUCAAAGACUAUCUGACAGAACAGAGGUGCACCUGGGAGUUCAACCCGCCCCAUGCGUCCCACAUGGGUGGGACUUGGGAAAGAAUGAUUGGGGUUUCUCGCCGCAUUCUAGAUGCUCUACUCCUAGAUGUGAAGCGACCUCAGCUCACCCACGAAGUCUUGGUGACCUUCAUGGCAGAGGUCACAGCUAUUGUUAAUGCCAGACCCCUUGUGCCGAUUUCGACAGACCCUGAAGCUCCACUGGUCUUAACUCCAGCUAUGCUUCUUACUCAGAAAACAGGAGCUCCCCCUACAGUUCCAAACAACCUGACCGAGAAGGACGUCUUCAAGAGCCAAUGGAAGAGAGUUCAAAUACUAGCCAACAACUUUUGGACAAGAUGGCGGAAAGAAUAUCUCUGCACCCUUCAAGGUCGUCAAAAGUGGCUUGUAAAGAAAACAAAUCUCAAGGAAGGAGAUGUUGUCCUCCUGAAGGACUCCACUGCAAAGCGCAACGAGUGGCCCAUGGGACUUGUUGAGAAGACAUACCCCAGCAGGGACGGGCUUGUGCGAAAAGUGGAUGUAAAAGUUGCAAGACAUCAGGAUGUAAAGACAUUCAGCCGACCAAUCUCGGAACUGAUUCUUCUAGUGACGCCUAGUAAUGUGGACAUUUGAUUUAGUGGCAUCUCUUAAAGACGCCAGGCGGGGAGUGUAAUGGAACUUGUUUAACUUAAUGUUAUUCAAUGUUUAGUUCAUUUACUGAGGCCACCUAGUGGCAAAUGUUAUAAUUGUGUGUAUUGCUAGUUCACAAACGCCAUCUUGUGGUCACUUUUAUUACUACAACUUGUUUACCAGAAAGGAAGAAAGCCUGUUCAUCCAUUUGCUCUGAAAGAAGCAGUUUUUGUUGUGUUUUCUUUAAUCUAAGUGCAAAACGGCAUCGUCUGUAAGUACUGUUCUAAUUUGCCUGUCAUAUUAAUCAUAAUUCAUAACCUGUUGACAUGUUUUAUGUGAAGAUAGACAUUUUUACUUGUAUUAGCCCAAUGUUAGCUUAGCUGGCAUUCAUUUUCUGUAUCUUUGUGUG